AUUGAUCUGGUGUUAUGGUGGGAUAAGAACGAAGGGGAGUGGAAAGUCAUGGAUGAUGCUUGCCCUCACAGGCUGGCUCCUCUCUCUGAGGGGAGGAUUGAUCAGUGGGGAAGGUUGCAGUGUGUCUAUCAUGGCUGGUGUUUUGGUGGCUCUGGUGAUUGCAAGUUCAUCCCUCAAGCUCCCCGGGAUGGGCCUCCAAUUCAUACAUCCAAAAGGGCAUGUGUGGCUGUUUACCCUAGCUGUGUACAAAAUGGCAUUCUUUGGUUUUGGCCAAAUGUAGAUCCCCUCUAUAAAGACAUAUUUAUGAAGAAAAAGCCACCUUACAUCCCUGAAAUUGAUGAUCCUUCAUAUACUAAAUCAAUGAUAGCUAGAGAAAUACCAUAUGGGUACGAAGUCCUGAUUGAAAACCUUAUGGACCCAGCUCAUGUUCACUAUGCACAUUACGGCAUAAUGAGAGUUCCAAAAACGCCUAACAGUUUAAAGGCUGAUAGAGAAGGAGGCAAGCCUGUUCAAGUCAGUAUUACACAACUAGAUGUCAAUGGUGUCAAAGCAAUGCAGGCAAUUGGGUCCAACACCUUUGCACCACCUUGUUUGUAUUACGGGUAUUACCGUUUUGGGGAAAGUACAACCAGCCAGUCUUCUUCUUCUUCACCAAAGGAUACUGAGAAGAAGCUCUCAAGUGGAAAACAGAAGCAGAUUUUGUUAGUGUUCUAUUGCAUCCCUGUUAGCCCGGGUAAUAGCAGAAUAAUAUUUGUUUCACCGAGAAACUUCGCUGUCUGGGUUGAAAAAGUAGUGCCACGCUGGGUUUUUCAUGUAGGACAAAAUCUAAUUUUGGACUCAGAUUUGUAUCUUCUUCACGUGGAGGAGCAUAAGCUAAAGGAGAUUGGCCCAUAUAAUUGGCACAAAACUUGUUAUGUGCCAACGAAGGCAGAUGCUGUGAUUGUUGCCUUUCGAAGGUGGUUAAACAAGUAUGCAGGCGGGCAAGUUGAUUGGAAAACGAAGUAUAGUGGUGCCCUCCCACAAUCGCCUCCCAGGGAGCAGUUGAUGGACCGGUACUGGAGCCAUACAGUGAAAUGCUCAAGCUGCAGCUCAGCAUAUAGAAGUUUGAAUGCACUGGAGGUUGCGCUGCAGGUGCUUUCCAUUGCUUCCAUUGGAAUUGUUGCUGCAUCUAAGCAGGGGUUCAUGGCGGCUACAACGAGAAAUGCCUUGGUCGUGAUGGCAGUACUAUGCUUUCUGGCUUCAAAGUGGUUAUCUCACUUCAUUUACAAAGUUUUUCGCUUCCACGACUACGAUCAUGCUUUCCGCUGAAACCCGAGAUUGGAACUUCCUUUUCCCUCCCAAAUGGAGGUGCACUGUUUGUUAUAUCACUGGGUAGUUUGUAUAAAGCAAUAUGCAGUCGAAAUUUGUGCAUGUGUAAUUAUUACUCCCUCCGUCCCAUUGGACAUUGCCAACUUUCCCUUUUUGUUGUCCCAAAAAACUUUGCCACUUUCCUAUUAAAGCAACUAAUUUGUGGUUCUGCACAUUUUUCUCUCCCUUGCAUAAAUCUCAACCACACAGUUUUUACUAUUCUUAUUUCUUACAUACUUUGCACUUGGCAAAGUCUACUGGCACGGAGGUAGUAUAUAUUAAAGCUUUUGCAUUGUAAAAAAGUUUGUGUUAUAAUUUCAUGACUUAAUAGGGAGUGAGAAACUAAACUCGUGAAUGGUUGUGAAUACAAUUUGGAUGAACUUAAUUCCCAAACUAAAUUAAGUUGACCAUCUAAUCUCUUAUAAGUGCUACUGUGCUAGAGAAAUUAAUCCCAA